AUGCUCGCAGCUCUGAAGGAGAGACUUGGCACUGAGCGGUGCUUGUUCUUCGAAGGUUCUGAGAUGAUUGAGGAACUCGUCGAUGGUGGAUCCGGUGCGCAGGACGAGAUCCGCGAACCUGACAUUCAGCUCAUUCAAGAGGAGUGCCGCGUUAGAGACCUGCCCGGUAUCGUCACAGGCCACUACACUUUUCGAUAUUCCGGCACCGGCUCUCUGAUGACUGCUGGUACAUUCAAGGACUUCGACGCUUACUCACACAUCUUGUAUCUCCACGUCUCCCCCACGACAAUCCACGAACGCCGUUAUAUGGAUCUUACUAAGCGACCGGAUAUCGAUCUAGUGCAACUAAGCGACUGGCAACACAAGGAGUACGCCGCGCUGCGUGAACGCUGUGUCGAGGCAAAGAUCCCUUUAAUGAGCAUUCCGGACGAGGUUGCGGGCCCUGAGAACGUCGUCCGUGUCAUACAAGAUCUUCUGUCCCCAAUUCACGAGAUGCGACUUGAAGAAGUGGAAGCCUUCAUCGAAAGGGAAGUCAGUCCAACGGUCAAAAGUGCGCUGAUCUUGGACGCCGACAAAACACUGUCAGAGGCCGACGGCGGAGCUUUAGCCCGCGAGAUGAUGGGUAUCGGAAACAGGAGCUCUCUUCAACAAAUCCUCGGCUCGUACGGGUACAAUCUUGAAGCGUUCGUCACACUGGCAAUGUUGUACUGUCAGAAGACACCUUUCGACUUCAGCACCGGCUGUAAUCAAGCGGCGAGAAAAAUCAAGCUGUACGGCCCGAUAGAAGCUAUUCUUCGUCAGGUCGCUCGAGAGUCUUCGUUGCAGAUCAUCGUCAUAACCUGCGGUCUCAAAAAGGUUUGGGAGCGCGUCCUUCAACGCCAUGGCUUCCACAGCAUUCUCGGCCAUGGCCUCGGCAGCAUUCCCGUCAUUGGCAAUGGACAGCUUGAUCUUCCAGUGGUGACGCCUCAGACGAAAAGCCUACUGGUCCGACAACUGCAGGAACGCGGCAUCUAUGUCACAGCUUUCGGAGACAGUCCUCUGGAUCUGUCAAUGCUCAGCGCUGCGGACAACGCUGUCAUAGUGGUUGGUCCCGAGAGCACCCGGAGCAAGACUAUGGACAAUCCCUUGGCUUACAGCAUUCAGGAAGGCAAAGUUCGUGCGCGUCAAGCUCUCAUGGGAGAUGUGUCGCGUCGCCUCAUCAACGGGCCUUUCCAGUUACGGGAUUCGGAUAAGCCGCCGAUCGAAGCUGCAGACAUCAGCCUUCCCGUUGUUGACAUCUCGAGCGAACAAUUCCUCGUCCAAGUCCUUCAUUCACGUCGCAACACAGCCGGCGUCUGA